AUGACCUCAGCCACUCGAACUGCCGCUGCUGUUGCUGCUACACCAGCGACGCAGCGCCAGCGGACGCACGAACUGGACGCUCCACUCGUCGCGCUCUUUCUCUUCUCCGUCUGCCUCAAGCUGCUCCUGCUUCCUUCCUACACGAGCACGGACUUUGAGGUCCAUCGGAACUGGCUAAGUCUCACACAUACCCUACCCCGUCGGUUGUGGUAUGUGGACCACACGAGUCCAUGGACUCUUGACUACCCGCCGUUUUUUGCCUAUUUUGAGUACGUUUUAAGUGUCGUAGCUGCUCAAGUGCUGCUGGACAAGGACAAGGUGCUCGUACUUAGCCGGAUACCCAUCACCUCGCCGUCGCUCGUGCUGUUCCAGCGCGUGAGCGUCAUCGCGUCGGACGUGGUGCUUUUCUAUGCGGUCUACGCCUAUUGUGCGUCGUGGCCAAGUGUGACAACGACCGAGUGGGCGUUCUCCAAGGCCAAACGAAGCGCUAUCCUGCUGGUUACGGUCUUGGAUGCAGCGUUGCUCUAUGUGGACCACAUUCAUUUCCAGUACAAUGGCAUGCUCCUGGGGCUCUUGAUUCUCUCGGCCACGAAGUUUCGACUGCAAGAGGAUCGCCGAGGCGCUCUGUACUAUGCUGUGCUGCUCAUGUUCAAGCACAUUUAUCUCUACGCCGCCCCGCUGUACUUUGUCUAUUUAUUGGGCCAUUAUUGCUACGUGAAGAAAGCGGGAUUAGAGGUGGCAGACGGCAGUUUUGAGGACUGUUAUGAUGAUGCAAACAUGACGAUCAAGAUGCUGAGGAAGCGGUCGAUCUCGAGCACGGACGUGCACGAGACUCUACAGGAUCUUCAGGAUGGGAAUGUGACGUUCUCGCUCGUCCGAUUCUUGCAUCUAGGAGCCAUUGUACUUGCGGUCUUUGCCUGUGCUUUUGGAAGUCUCUUGUGGGACCACGAGGACCCGAUAGUUGGCAUACAGCAGAUUGUGUCGCGGUUGUUUCCUGUUCAGAGAGGACUGUGUCAUGCCUACUGGGCACCUAACGUUUGGGCGCUGUAUGCUUUUCUGGACAAGGUUCUGUUGAUACUUGGCUUCCCAGCUUCAACGGAAGGCGUUGCGCUCAUGAGCGGCGGACUUGUUCAGGAGGCGAGCUUUGCCGUGCUGCCUACUGUAUCUCCGAUUGUGUGUGCAGUGCUGACUUUCGCCAUGAUGAUACCGGUGUUACGAAGCGUGUGGAAGUAUCCAGACUCGUCGCUGUUUACGAGUGCACUUGCUUACUGCAUGCUGUGCUCGUUCCUGCUCGGGUAUCAUGUGCAUGAGAAAGCUAUUUUGCAGGUGACGCUUCCGCUGGCACUACUGGCUGCCGACAGUGUUGCCGGUAUGCGGUUGUAUCGAUUCGCAGCGGGGGUCGCGACGAUCUCGCUCUUUCCGUUAUUAUUCACGCCUGCUGAACAGGGAUCGAAGGUACUUCUGGGCGCUUGCCAUGCGCUGCUUGCUGAGGUCGUGCUUGUUCCGCUGCUCAAGCAGUCGCUGAAGGAUCGACAUAUCAAGGUCACUGCUGUUGGCAUGUCGAUGUUCGAGCGAGUUUUCCUCGCCGGGCUGACUGGUCUAGCUUUCUUGGCUGCAGUGUUUCCGUACGUCCCGCGUAUUGGCGUGCGAUAUCCGUUUCUACCCCUCAUGCUGAUCUCGGUUGGCUGUGCCGUUGGAAACAUUUACGUGUGGGGCUUCGCCGUCACGCAGCACUUUCGGAAACUCGAUGCUGUAAAGUACUACCUCGACGCACAAAGACCAACACGACGGUGA